AUUGGCUCAGUGUGUGUUCAGACUGCGAGCGGAAAGGCGGCGCGUUACACAUUGUCAAGUGUUGUGUUGCUGUGUGUGUAAAUACCAGGUUGUAACGAAAACAAAUUUUCUUGGAAUAGACAAUGGGAUUUAAAUCAGUAUAGCGCAUCACCAAGUUUCCUCUCUUUUGCUGAGUAACGACAUUACACCGAUGUUCAUGGACUGGCGCAACCUAGUGUCGGGGUUUGGACGUCGGGAGACACCAUGAGGGUAACAACAGCUGUGGAUCCGAUGGCGACAGACGCCGGUCUGCCCCUACGACAACACGACGAUGUCGUCAUGACAGACGAAGUCGAAGAUGGUGAGGCCAAUCGGCAACAACAGAACCCCGGCCAUCUCGCCACCUUGACUAACGGACGCGCUGAGACGUACGACGACAGACUUGGUAAAGCAACUGUCAACGGGAUCUCGAAACCCAGUAAGGCAGAGACGACGACGACUCCUGGUGGUGAUCUCAUAGUAGCUAAUGGCAACAGCAACCACUCAACGCCCAAGAAACUACAAGCCAAGACUGAUUCCGCUGCUAACCAAUCACCCAGCGUGAAUGGCAGCUGUGCUGUGAGGACAAAUGGAGAUGCUCCAUGCUGCAAUGGGGUGCUGACAAAUGGGGAUGGGGGUAAGAGGCAGCUGGAUGAAGAUGAAGACCACGACCACCUGGCAGCUGACUGGGACCGCACGGUGACAGGUGUUAAGGAGCAGGCUUUCGCUCGUCUCCAGGAGGAACUCAAUAAGGCACACCAGGAGCUGAGACUCAGGGAUGAGGAGGUGAAUCGACUCAGUCGCAUUCGGGAGGAAGUGGAGGCAGAACUGGAGGAACUCACUGCCAGCCUGUUUCAGGAGGCACACAACAUGGUCCGCGAGGCCAACGUGCGGCAAGCCACAGCAGAACGUGGCCUCAAAGAAAGUCAGAUGCAGAUAGAGGUGCUCACUGCAGAGGUGGCAGCUCUCAAGACACUGGUACUGACUUCAACUCCCAGCCGCCCCAAUCCCCACCUGCACCCUCAGAUUGACCUCAGAGGUAACAGACCCAAGGACGAUUCCACACUCUCAGGAGUUGGCUUAUUCACCAGAAAGCACAGGCGUUCACCGUCUCAUUUCAACCUCAAGUAUGGCCGAGAGAACUCCCCUCCAGAAUCACCAGUCAAAGAGCAGAGACCUGUGCCUGAACCUCUUGAUAACAAAGAAGGGUGCGAGGUCGACCCCAACGUGCACAAGGAAUUUGUGGCGUGGAAACAAAGUCCUCACGUGGACAAGUCGGACGCGUUCAUCGCGAGGGUAUACGACGAGGACAUCAACCUGUGCCUCGACUUCAACAACAAGGACCUGGGGGCCAGGGUACGGGAUGCCGUCGAAAGAGGCAACAUCUUCAUAGAGGCUGUCAGCGACAAGACGAAGACCGUCUUCCCCAAGAAAUGUGCCCUGCUGGAAGCACCACGCCAGUGUCACUACCGGAUGAGGCUGGGGGACCAGGAACAGUGGCACUGCAUCUCACAGAUCUGCAGGAACAGGAUAAUUGCAGUGUGCGACUUUCUCAACUACUUACGUUACAUCGAGAGGGGCUUAGUCAAAAGCUCAGUGCAUGAUGUAUACUGGGAGGUGACUCGCCUCAGGAAAGAAAUGGUAUUGGCUCGGCUGGGACUCGCCCUCUCGCUGUAGGAUAGGAACGGAGAAGUGAGUGAUAUAGAUGCCAUCCAAGGUGCAACUGGGCUGCUGGUGUCGGCAAAGGGAUUCGAUAUACUGACCAAAGAGUUACGAAUUAUGUGAUGUAAUUAUUAUGAUGUAACUUCCAAGACCUGUAUGUGCACCUAGAAAUGAUGGACUUCCGUUGUACUUCAACAUUUUACGGAUGUCGUACAACUUGCAUUUGUGUUACUGUUUUAUUAAUACAUUGUUAUAUAAGUAGGCUUUGAGGUUCCUACAGCAUUGAUUAUGAAGACGGCCAUCUUCUGGGUUGUUGCAUCAUGUAGUAUGGUUGAACUUUACGUGUUUCAGAGGUCCUUGCUGCCUUCAUCAUCUGGGUGAUGUUGGAGGCAGCAAGGACUUCUAAAAUGUGUUAAUAUUCUACCCGAUUACUCGGUAUUACAACAAUUCUUAUAUAGAUUAAAAUGUGGAAGUAAUGAAACUUGAGUCAUCAUUUCCAGGCCUCCCAUUAGAAGCGUAGAAAAGAAAAUUACAAACUUAAAUGUUUUUCAUAUAUUCUGAUGUAUCAUAAUCUAUUCCUGUUAUGACCGAAAUAUUUCCCUGUACAAAGUUAUAUGUAAAUUUGUUGUUGAAUAAUAUAUUUACUGUUCCAGAAUACCGAACACAAAACAGUGUUGCGAACCCAAAUGUAGCGUACUGCUUUUAGUACCCCAACUAUAAUGUAGCUUUGUUUCAAACGCUGUUAUAUUUUGAAGUCUUCCAGUGGAAAAAUAAAUAAUUUUAAUUAUUGUGAAAACUAGAAGCCUAUACUGAGUGUUUAAUGCCAUUUACAUUAUAUGCAUGUAAUCAGAAGAAACGGAAACAGAUUUGCCAUACGUGAGCCAGCAAUGUCAAUAGCUUCAUUGACACGACUCGCAGAUUUUACAUAUGUCAGUACAAGGCCAUUCCUGUCAAGGAAAUGGGAUUUUUCAGCAUAGAAAAUGUUUUAUUGGUAAUUGUGUCAUAUGAUAUCAAAACUGAUUAGUAUCGAACGGUAGGAAACCUGUCUCAAAAAAGUUUGGAAAAAUAACAGAAAUUUCUAACCUAGUUUCACUUUAUGGGGUAGUCUUGAAUAACUACAUGGCAACUGAUUGUGAGAGGUCAUACAGAAAAAUGGAAUACCAUGGUAUGAUGGUUUUGUGCGGUAAUUCUGUAUUUACAAAAAAUAAGAGGAAAUGUUAUUACUGAAAGUCAGGAUAUCACGACUGUAUCCGAGUGGUGCCAAAAUAUUUAUUGGAUGACCUCACUGGCACGAGAUAAUCUUCUCGGGGACACAAUGUCGCCUUUGGAUACCCCUGAAAUCUACUGAAUUAUGCUUGCAUGAUGUUCCUCUUUGAAACCACUUCAGAAAUUUCUAGUGCUGGAGAUGCAAUUAUGGUUCGGACUAGGGGUUUCUACUGUAAUUGUAAUUAGUUUCAUUCAAAAAUUAAAUAUACUGCAUGCACCGACUUUCAGAUGAUUUUCCCUCUUUCUGUAAAUACUUCAGGCCUACGUAUGGACUACUCUGAUCUACAGUCAUGACACUAAUAAUAUUAUUGGAUAGCUCUAACUUCUAUUAUCAGCCAAGAAGAAAAGAAAUCGUGUAUUCCUCAUUCACAUGUGAUGAUUUAUAAAUUCACUACAAAAACCACAGUGACCAACGGAUCACAUAAAAAUUGUCAAAAGCGAGGAAAUUAAAAUCAAUGACGUAAUCAACAAUAACAAUCCAGAAGGCAUACAGAUUGCACAGAGGCAAAUAUAAUCUUAUUCUAACUUCAGUUCUAGACGGAGGUAAGUGGACAGCUUCAUGCUCCGUCUUCCUUUAUUCAUAAAAUAAACAGCCCUUGGUAAAAACUGACAGAGUGCCAGAGCCAUUAUGUACAUUCUCUCUCACCGAGAAUCUACUGCGGAAAAUCAAAAACCAAAUUUCUUAGGACGUACUGAUGAAAAAAGAUUGGUGGGAAUCACCAUUUCAAGACUUAGUACGUGUAAAUACUGCGAACCUGUUACAUGUUUACCAACUGCAAAAGAAUAGUUUCUCUCACAGAUUUAAUGCAUUUGAUAAACCUCUUAAUAAAAGUUAGAGCUUCCUUUAUGUUAAGCAUGGCCUAAUAUAGGAGGUACAAAGAUAUCAACAAUCCGCAUACCUUGAAAGAGAUUACACUUGCAAACCUUCCGACAGUUAAGAGGCUGCCAGUACUGGUGCUACACUCUACAGCUGUCUACUAAAACACAAUUAAUAAAGGUUUCUACACAAAUAACUCAAAAUGUAACAAAUGGGUAACUGUGUUGUGCCAAAAUGUUUGCAGCAGAGAAAUAAAUAGUUUGUAAAUAACACGGACACAGAAAGACAGUAGUAAAAAGUACAAGAUCACGUCUGUAUUUACAAAUAAUGUAUUUUUACUGUAUAACCAUGAUUUGUUAAUGGGGUAAAAAUUCUCACUCGUCAGCUAACCACAGUUAAAUCCAGUUAUUCCCGUAAGUUAGCAAGCCGCUGCUUCAAGUACCUUGUUUUAAGAUACUGAGCUAUGGAAAUAUUCUACGAAUGAAAAUAAUCCUGUCCGCAGACAUCAGAUACCGAAAACAAAAUUAUGUUCCAGAUGAAAAGAAUAACGCAGCAUUACUCAAAAUGUUAAAUUCUGAAGGUCUCCAGAAAAGUAUGAGAUUUCUCCUUUCACGUGAAAUUAAUUAUGUGCAUUUAGCAUAAGAAAAGAGAGAGAGACAAAUAUAUAUUUAAAUUAAAUUAAAAAGUGCAUUUCAUUCUGCUCCAGAUAUCAAUGAACUUAAAACAGGGUCAGAGUGUAUAAGGACAUGGAUGUUAUAAAAUACGUGCAUUGUAACCACUGUAAAAUAAUACCAGAUCUCUAAGAGGAAAUUCAAUAAAGAUAUUACUAUAAACCAA